GUCCUGGACACGGUUUACUGUUGCACUAAUGCUCAGCUCAUACCUCGAAAUCUUCGACGAUGGAUCCUGAAAUCGUGGUCAACCAGGUCGAUCUGCAUAUCGGCCUCGCCUCAGUGCGACAGGCUCUCACAGGAGUCAUUCAUGCUAUCCUCUUUCAGCGGAGCCUCGGUGCUAUUCAGAUGGUGACCGAAGAGAUCAUGGAAUGUCAUAUCGCUAUGCUAUCUGAUGAUCUGGUGGCCGAAUCAGUGAACGAAAAGGUAGAGACCUUUUACCGUCACAUCAAGAAUCGACAACCGGCCCAAGACGGGUCUCUAGGACAGGUCGCGGUGUUAUUAUCUCAGAAACGGUCUAAGAAGACUUGGUUUAGCUCAACCGAGGAACAGGUCCCGUUCGAAGUGCAUCUCAUCACCUUGUACAGCCCGACCACCCGACUUCGGGCCCGACCGACAUCCGAGGAGAAAACUAGCCUUUCGAACGCGAUCAUGAAGAUCAGCAAGUUUGGGGUAGAAAAGUGUUCACAUGUUCCGGUCAUCUCUUCGGCCAACUCCUCCUUCCCAUUUCCGUACGAGAUCGUGCUCGAUCCGCCCAACACUUCUCAGCACGCCCUGCUCAAUUCGGCAGAGCCGAUGUCCCCCGGAUCAUCGCGGACCAGAUCAGACGUCUCGAUCCCAUACGGCUCUUCACCUCGUACCAGUACUAUGACAUCAGACAGCGACCGGCGGACGAGAGAGCUCUCAUCAAGAUCAACGUCGAGCAAGGAUAAUCGACAGGGACACUUGUCGCUGUCGCCAGCCAGGGUCGCAAGUGCGCCUUCAAGCACGGCGACCGCCCUCGGGUACUUGGAGCAGGCGAAAGGUGGACUGAUGACGGUCGGGGAGAAGCUCGGACUCUCUUGA